AUGUCCGAGGCACCCCGGGCCGAGACCUUUGUCUUCCUGGACCUGGAAGCCACUGGGCUCCCCAGCGUGGAGCCCGAGAUUGCUGAGCUGUCCCUCUUUGCUGUCCACCGCUCCUCCCUGGAGAACCUGGAGCGCGACGAGUCUGGUGCCCCAGUGCUGCCCCGGGUCCUGGACAAGCUCACGCUGUGCAUGUGCCCAGAGCGCCCCUUCACCGCCAAGGCCAGCGAGGUCACCGGCCUGAGCAGCGACGGCCUGGCCCGAUGCCGGAAGGCUGGCUUUGAUGGUGCCGUGGUGCGGACGCUGCAGGCCUUCCUGAGCCGCCAGGCAGGGCCCAUCUGCCUUGUGGCCCACAAUGGCUUUGCUUAUGAUUUCCCCCUGCUGUGUGCCGAGCUGCGGCGCCUGGGUGCCUGCCUGCCCCGGGACACUGUCUGCCUGGACACGCUGCCGGCCCUGCGGGGCCUGGACCGCGCCCACAGCCACAGCACCCGGGCCCGGGGCCGCCAGGGUUACAGCCUCGGCAGCCUCUUCCACCGCUACUUCCGGGCAGAGCCAAGCGCGGCCCACUCAGCCGAGGGUGACGUACACACCCUGCUCCUGAUCUUCCUGCACCGCGCCGCAGAGCUGCUCGCCUGGGCAGAUGAGCAGGCCCACGAGUGGGCCCACAUCGAGCCCAUGUACUUGCCGCCCGAUGACCCCAGCCUGGAGGCCUGAGCACCAGGGCCACCUCCUGUGCCACGGACAGUGCCAGCCUCCACCGUUCAGCUGGCCUCUACCACCCCCGGUUCCUCCUAUCUGGGCAGCUGCAGGUCUGUGCACCUGCCAGGCCUUCCCUGGCUGCCUGACCAGCCAUACAGCCCUGGAUUCCUCUCCAGGCCCCGCUUCCAGGGCCGUGCUCUCCCGGCCAGGCUGCGUGCCCAGCAGAGUUUGCUGUUUCCCAAUAAACAUUGCCAACUACUCA